AUGUUAGCGAUCACCAAUUUAAACACUUCGCGCUCCUUGCGCCUGGUAGUCCCUAUUGUUGUUAUCCUCGCACUCUUGUGUGCUUUCUAUGCGGACUGGAAGCCGAUACACAAGGUCAUCCCCAAUCCCAACCCCUCCUCAGGAGCGAUUGCGACCGGCGACUCGGGUUCAGCUCCAUCUCCACAAAUCCCUGAGAACCCUUCGCCCAGCAAAUCCAAAUUUCACUAUUCAAACACCAACACUUCAAUUUCUAACAUUCCGGAUAAAGUCUGGCAUUCCGCAAAGACAGACGAUAUAUCGGAAAGCCAACGCCAAUGGGUCAACAGCUGGUCGCGCACAACUCCAGCGUGCCGCCAAGAAUUGCUUACCGAUCGAUCCGGUGAGGCGUUUGUUCGCGCCUACUACCAGGAGACAAGGCCAGAUAUUGUCGAGGUUAUCGAAACACUCUCAAUUCCAAUUUUACGGGCGGAUCUUCUCCGUUAUUUGAUUGUUCUCGCUGAGGGCGGGUAUUGGAGUGAUUUAGAUGUCACGUUGGAGAAACCACUUUCUGAUUGGGUGCCUUUGGAGUACAAGUAUCAAAAUAUUGACAUGAUUGUCGGUCUGGAGUUCGACUUUGCAUACCGGGGCCCCGAAGCUGAAGUUGCAUCCCAAUUCUGCAACUGGGUGUUUGCAGCGCAGCCAUCAUCGCGCAAUCUACUUGUGAUCGUUGACGCUGUCAUCAACAAGUUGAAGGAGAUCGCCCAGGCCAACAACGUUUCUAUCGCCGGUAUCACUUUGGAGAUGUUUAAAGAUGUUGUGAAUGUGACUGGACCCAAGAUCAUGACUAUCGCGAUCUUGGAAAGUCUAGGAAAAUUGCUAAACAGGACUGUGGAUGACCGCGACUUCUCGGGCAUCAAACAUCCAAAGUUGGUCGGCGACGUCCUGAUUAUGCCGGGGGUCUCAUUCGCUGCGGCUCAAAACGGAAACCCUACGGACCAAGGCGAUGCGCUUGUGACACACCAUUACGAGGGCUCGUGGAAGCAGGCAGAUGCAGAAGCCAAAGAAAGGAAAAAGCAAAAAGCGCAAGAAGAACAAAGCCACCAAACAUGA